UUCCCGAGGGACUAAUGGUGCUGACUGGGAGAAGUCCAUAAUCAGGUCACCUGCUGCGUUGUCAGAUACAAGAAACACCUCUCUCCUUUCACCACUAACUGGGAGACAGAGCUGUCUAUGCAGCGCCGAACUCCUCCCGUUACCAACAUUCAGAGAGACUCAGCUCCAAUUUUCAGCCAUAGAAAACACGCCUUUGCCUGCCAUUUAUAUUACUUCCAUUGAGGUGACAAUGCAUACUGCAAGUGAAAAACAGAAAUGAACACUGAAAUACAAUGGAAAUCUACAAGUCACAAUCCCGGGCUAAAAUUCAGUUUUAUCAGGCGGUGACAACCUUCUACCACACAGUAACAACCUCACCAAACGUGUACAUCAGUUUAUUCCAGCCGUUUAGUACAUAAGGAAAGUUGACAUAAAAGGACAAACAAGUGGACAAGUCAGCACAGAGACAUAGACACACAGGUGAUAGGACCGGGAAGCCAUCUACAAUUAUAGUGAAAAUAUUGAAAGCAGAAGCAUUAACUCCUUGUGAGGCAUAAAACUAACUCCACUGUUAAUCCCUUCGGAGCACUUCAGUCUUCAAUUCCUCACGACGAUGGGGAAAAGGCACCAAUGACACUUUAAGUAUCAAAGGAAAUCACUUCCCAAACGUUGUACUUAAGAGAGUCUGCAGUUAUUGGUUAAGACUCUGAGCGCCGCUGUUCACCAAUCAGGGAGAGAAAUGAGCCGAGAGAUCCAGCCAGCCCAGCGCCGCCGCCGCACAGCUCAGCACAGAUAGCUCAGACUCGCACUCGCACAGAACUGACUCUCGGUGCAGGCUAUUCGCGGAAACCGAGAGACGGGUUAGCACCUGAUAUUGUCAAAAGCGAUCGUCCCGAGAUCAUCUCCAAGCAGCAGCGCUCGGCGGAGGAGAGGCAGUGGAUCCUCCGGAUCGCCAUGACCAGUUCCGGAGCACAAGGGCUGCGGCGCUGCGCAGGGCGAGCCGUGCUGUGCUGCGUGGUGCUGGCCGUGUGCGGGGCCGCUGCGGCCGGGCAGAUUCGCUACUCGAUCCCCGAGGAAAUGCAGAAAGGCUCCUUCGUGGGCAACAUCGCGCAGGACCUGGGGCUGGAGGCCAAGGCGCUGUCGGAGCGCGGCGUGCGCGUGGUUGCCACAGAGCAGUAUUUCGAAUGGAAUGUAAGGAGCGGCCAUUUAAGCCCGGCGGAGCGGCUAGACAGGGAGCAGCUGUGCGGCCGGGCAGAGAAAUGUCUGCUGAACUGCGAGCUUAUAGUGGGGCAUGACAUGAAGCUGUAUGGAGUGGAAGUCGAAAUCGUAGAUAUAAACGACAACGCUCCGAGCUUCCAAACAGGGGAAAUGGAAUUAAAAGUCAGUGAGACAACAGCCCCAGGAUCCCGGUUCCACUUGCACAACGUUCAGGAUCCUGAUUUGGGGACGAAUUCUCUCCAGAGCUACAAACUGAGCAGUAACGAACAUUUCUCCCUGCAAGUGCAAACUGCAUCUGGGGGUUUUAAAUACCCCGAAUUAGUGCUCGAGAAGCCCCUGGACCGGGAAGAGCAGGCUGCUCACGACCUCAUCCUCACCGCCACUGACGGCGGAGAUCCGGUCCGCUCCGGCACGGCGCGGAUCCACGUGGUGGUGCUCGAUGCCAAUGACAACGCGCCCGUGUUCAGCCAGCCGCUCUACCGCGUGAGCGUGCGGGAGAACGUGCCCAUAUUCAGGGAGAGAAAUGAGCCGAGAGAUCCAGCCAGCCCAGCGCCGCCGCCGCACAGCUCAGCACAGAUAGCUCAGACUCGCACUCGCACAGAACUGACUCUCGGUGCAGGCUAUUCGCGGAAACCGAGAGACGGGUUAGCACCUGAUAUUGUCAAAAGCGAUCGUCCCGAGAUCAUCUCCAAGCAGCAGCGCUCGGCGGAGGAGAGGCAGUGGAUCCUCCGGAUCGCCAUGACCAGUUCCGGAGCACAAGGGCUGCGGCGCUGCGCAGGGCGAGCCGUGCUGUGCUGCGUGGUGCUGGCCGUGUGCGGGGCCGCUGCGGCCGGGCAGAUUCGCUACUCGAUCCCCGAGGAAAUGCAGAAAGGCUCCUUCGUGGGCAACAUCGCGCAGGACCUGGGGCUGGAGGCCAAGGCGCUGUCGGAGCGCGGCGUGCGCGUGGUCUCCACAGGUAGGACGCAGUAUUUCAUUCUGAAUAUAAAGAGCGGCCAUUUAAUCACGGCGGAGCGGCUAGACAGGGAGCAGCUGUGCGGCCGGGCAGAGAAAUGUCUGCUGAACUGCGAGCUUAUAGUGGGGCAUGACAUGAAGCUGUAUGGAGUGGAAGUCGAAAUCGUAGAUAUAAACGACAACGCUCCGAGCUUCCAAACAGGGGAAAUGGAAUUAAAAGUCAGUGAGACAACAGCCCCAGGAUCCCGGUUCCACUUGCACAACGUUCAGGAUCCUGAUUUGGGGACGAAUUCUCUCCAGAGCUACAAACUGAGCAGUAACGAACAUUUCUCCCUGCAAGUGCAAACUGCAUCUGGGGGUUUUAAAUACCCCGAAUUAGUGCUCGAGAAGCCCCUGGACCGGGAAGAGCAGGCUGCUCACGACCUCAUCCUCACCGCCACUGACGGCGGAGAUCCGGUCCGCUCCGGCACGGCGCGGAUCCACGUGGUGGUGCUCGAUGCCAAUGACAACGCGCCCGUGUUCAGCCAGCCGCUCUACCGCGUGAGCGUGCGGGAGAACGUGCCCGGGCUGGUGGCGGCGGCCGAGCCGGCGCUCUUCACGGUGGGGCUGCGCAGCGGCGAGGUGCGGACGGCGCGCGCCCUGGCCGACGGCGACGGCGACGGCGCCCGGCACCGCCUGCUCGCCGUGGUGAAGGACAACGGGCAGCCGCCGCUGUCGGCCACGGCCACGCUGCAGGUGGUGCUGGCCGAGAGCGCGCGCGAGGCGCUUCCCGAGCUGGCCGAGGCCGAGGCCGAGGCGGCCGGGGCCUCGGACUAUUGGUCUGGCUUGAACAUGAUUUUGGUUAUCGCUCUCGCUUUGGUGUCAUUUCUCUUCCUUGUUACAGCGAUUCUGGUUUUAAGUUUGAAACACCAGAGAGCUGGGAGCUCCCCGGCUCUGAGGUCCUGCAGCAAGGAGUUUUAUUCCAGUCUCGGCCCUACGUUUUCGUGCAACUACAGCAACGGGACCCUGCCGGUACCAUAUUCCUACGAGGUGUGCGUCGCCGCGGAGUCGGGCCAGAAGGACUUCGUCUUCCUCAGACCGGGCCAAGCGGCUUUCACCGAGAGUCUCCUCUCCGCUGAGGACUCCGGCAUCGGGAGCGAGUCUGGCAGGGGAAACCUUAGCCCUGACAGCCAGGCCCAGGUAAGACGUCUUGCUUUACUACAGCUCACGCUAUAGUACAGGAUAGUAGUUUAGCUUCCCCGCAGUCCUGCCGCACCUGAAGUGGCUUUUAAUAUGCCUUUGCUUUACCAGAUAUGCUGCACUUUUAACAGGUUAAUAGGGAAAAUCGCAUAAAUCUCUUAAAGCUCAAUCUGAUCAAUAUAAUUUGUAUUAAAAUACUAGAGAA